AUGGAUUCAAAGGUGGUGGAAGAAGAAGAGUUGACCAUCAUCGCCAUUGAUGGCGACAAGAACAGCCAACAUGCUGUCAAAUGGGCUGUGGAACAUCUCUUGAAGAAAAACUCCUCUUGCACCCUCAUUCACGUCACAACCAACAACUUGUUUCCCAAUAAUUUUGAGGCUCUCCCUAAACAAAGUCGUCCACCAACUGAAGACGAAUUGCAACAAUUUUUUCUUCCCUUUCGAGGAUUUUGUGCUCGAAAAGGGAUCGUAGCUAAGGAGUUAGUCCUGCAUGGUGUUGAUGUUGCAAAAGUGCUUACUGAGUACAUCAUUCACAACUCUAUCAACAAUAUUGUUGUUGGCGCGUCUCGUUGGAAUGCUUUUAUAAGGAAAUUUAAAGAUGUAGAUGUGCCAACAAGCUUAAUCAAGUACGUGCCAGAGACUUGCGCGAUUCAUGUUAUAUCAAAAAGAAAAGUGCAGAAUAUUCGACCAGCAUGUCAAUCUAAAAAUAUUAGUAUCGCACCAUCAAAAUCUUUGAAAGACAUAAAGGGAAGAUAUGAGCCCGAAGUUUUAAACAGAAAAUCAAAAUCAUUAAAGUAUGGAUUUUGGCAAGGCUCAAGCAAUGAUGGGGUAUUUUUUGGUCAAAACAAGGAUCCUACACAGAAAAGCUUGGAGAUGGAAAUAAAGAAACUAAAACUAGAACAGAAGGGAGAGAUAAAGAAGUGUAGUUCAACCUGCAAGGUAGCUGCAACAACAAAACAGAAGGCAAUAAAGCUGGAAAAUUUUAGGCAAGAAGAAUGGGACAUAGAAAAGGCUAGGCUUGCUGAAGAGACUUUGGAGUCAACUGAAAUGUCAAAACGCAUGGCAGAAAUCAAGAGCCAGAAAGGAAAGCAAACCGAAACAAGAGCCAUACACGAGGAAGAAGAAAGGAACAUAACAUUAAAUGCAAGUGCACCCGACAAACCUCUAUUUAAAAGAUACAAUAUUAAAGAAAUUGAAGUUGCAACUAAUUACUUUGACAAUGACCUCCAAAUUGGUGAAGGGGGAUAUGGACCUGUUUUUAAAGGAGUGCUUGAUGACAUUGAUGUUGCUAUUAAGGCCCUCAGACCAGACAUAACUCAAGGGGAGAAGCAAUUUCAUCAAGAGGUUACUGUUUUGAGCACAAUAAGACAUCCGAAUAUGGUUAAACUUCUAGGUGCUUGUCCAGAAUUCGGAUGCCUUGUAUAUGAAUAUGUGGAAAAUGGAAGCUUAGAAGACCGACUCUUCCAGAAAGAUAACACUCCAACAAUUCCAUGGAAAGUUCGAUUCAAAAUAGCAUCAGAAAUUGCCACUGGCCUUCUUUUCCUUCACCAAACAAAGCCUGAGCCGAUUGUGCACCGUGAUCUGAAGCCAGCAAACAUUUUGUUGGACCGAAACUAUGGAAGCAAGAUCACUGAUGUGGGUUUGGCGAGGCUAGUUCCUCCAAGUGUAGCCAACAAAACCACUGAAUACUACAAGACAACUGCAGCUGGUACAUUUUGCUACAUUGACCCAGAAUAUCAACAAACAGGACUAUUGGGUGUAAAAUCAGACAUAUAUUCAUUAGGUGUAAUGUUGCUACAAAUUAUCACUGGAAAGCCUCCUAUGGGUGUGGCUCACCUGGUUCAGGAUGCCAUAAACAAAGGUGAAUUCAAAGAGGUGCUUGAUCCAAAUGUGACUGAUUGGCCCCUUGAAGAGACUUUAUCAUAUGCUAGGUUGGCUUUGAAGUGUUGUGAGAUGAAAAAACGAGAUAGACCAAACCUUGCUUCUGUCAUUUUGCCAGAGUUGAUUCGACUCCGAAAUCUAGGAGAAGUAGCCAUUGACAUUGAUAUUGUAUCCGCCAAACAGGAAGGAAAUGAAUAACAAUCUUAAUAUGGAUAUGGAAAAUUCAAAGUAGAUCCAUAUAAGAAGGUAUCAACUGGCCAAGUCUGCACACAACAUGUGGAACAUCGUACGUGUUUUCUGGAAACAUGACCUCUCACCAUCAAUUGGGAAACAUGUUGGAAAGGUGAAUGUGAAGGAUGUUUAUCAAGGCUGCUGGUCAUUUGUAUGUGGCUCAAGUUUAUUGUCUCUGCAAAGUUUAAUUGCCAUUUAAAAGAAACGUUUUUCUCAUAAGGCAUGAGUUUCUCUAAUUAAUUAAUGUCUUGUUUCUUAUACUAAUGAUCUAAAGAGG